AUUUUCAUCACAUUUAUUGGCCGGCUGUACCAGUUUGUUGCAGAAGGAAGGAGAAGUUAGAUUUGUUCCAUCUUCCGUGGCAUUUCAAACAUCGAACAAUCAUGACUCGUCGUAUCGUCCUGUGUAAAAACGUACCCCUUCCGCCAGGGUGAAUUUGGGUGUGCAAAAACGUACUGUAUCGUAGCGUACAGAAGGGUGAAUUUGCAGUGAAUUUGUAUUGCAUGACUUGCAUUUACUUAAAAGAAAAGUGCGCUACGUAUGGACACGAGCCCAAGCAUCCCACAGAGCGUGAAGGGCUGCUCGUCGCGUGGUGGCGCUUGCAGCACCGAAAGAGGUGGUCUUGCGGGGGCUCGCCGGGCUGUGUAGUGCGUAUGGAACCAAAGAAGGUGGAUCGGGUGGCUCUUUCUUACUCUUCUGCGCGUCUGCCUCAGAAGUUCCUCUUUGGAAUUGUCAAAAGGGAGGGCGACGCCUGAACACAGGGGCACUAGUUCAACGCGUAUGCUCUCACGAGUUGUGGUUGGCUCGGCUUGGACUUGGAUAUCUGGGAGCAGCCUCGGGUGGAAGGGGAGGCACGAUUCGGCCGCGGACGCUAGCUUGCUUCGCCUGCUGUGCUCUGCUCACAACUCCCCACGUGUUUUUUUGCCUCCGGAGCGAGGCCUUUUCGACGUGACCCCCAGGUCAGGAAUUCUCUUGGUGAAUUUUGGGGCUUUUUGUUUUGGCGACACUUUUUUGAAGCCCCAAAACCCGGAGUUUCUCGUGCGUUAGCGAAUUUUGAAUAGGCACCUUGGGCCAAAAUUCACCCACGGCGUUUUCAAAAUUCACCCCAAAAUUCACCGGGCCCCCCUUUUCGACCGUGAUAAGCAAACUUUAGCGCAGAAAAGUGCUCAAAAAAGUGCACAGGUAGGCCCUGGGGAGUGGGGCCGAGGAGAAAAGACAAGCGCCCUCUGUUGCCCUCAGCCCCUCUAUAUUCUGCCGAAAAGGCCUGGUGGGUUCACGCGCCUGCCGGAUGGAGGCGCCAAAGCUCUCGGCUUGGUCCUUUCACCCUUGCUCUCGCGCCUUCUUGCCUAAUUACAUGCGCUUCGCAGCACUUUCUUUUUGGCGUCUUUGCCGCGGCUGCUGCAGUGCUCUUAUGCGAGCACGGGGAGACGAAUACACAUGGCCAAAGAACGGCACCCAGGCCAUGUCUCGAAGCUGCCCGCCGCAUAAGCCUUGACUUCUGCGGUGUGCAGAACCCACUUCCCAGAAGGGCAAGAGGGGCAAUGUCCCGGCGGGCUCAUCUGCAAUUUGGCAUGCAAAAUUCACUACAAAUUCACCACUUCUCAUGCUAACGGGUGUUAAAGCUCUAGAUCAUGACUCGUCGUAUCGUCCUGUGUAAAAACGUAGCCAUCUUCCCACCAGGCUGAGGCUUGUCAUUCAGAUUUGCAUGCGCAGCAAAUGCAAAUGUCGUGCUCUCAUUGCUUAUUUUCCACCUGGCAGCACGACCCACUUUCUAGUAGUCCGUCGAAAACAUAAUCAUCUGGUCCGUUGUGUUUCAGAGUCUGUGUCAUGACGCUCGUUUAAGCAGGAUAGCAGCUUCAGACUGGGUCUGAGAAGAUCAUGCGGUUGGAUAGUGUAGACAGCGCGAGGACUAGUACAGGGCACAAAGCCAAACUUGUAAUGCCAGAGUGCUGUCGAGCAGAUGUACUUCUUUUAUUUCCGUGUAGUUGAGGCCUAUGGGGUAGGUAGGUAGGUAGGUACUCGUUUUUCUACAGGAUAAUUAUCUCCGGGAAGUUGGUUCACGUCCACCACCUGUUGUCUAGCUUUGCUCGCGGUAGUACCUCGGCUAAUGGCGAAGAUAAAAAUGCUGAACCGCCGCCGCCGUCUGGAGCAGCAGGAGCAGGACCACCCAGUGUUUAUCAAGCUACGGUUGUGGCUGAUGUGUCCACAGCACAGCAAAACGAACGACCUCCCGACGCCGCGCCUCCCACGAACCAACAAGUGGUUGAUCCGCACCUGCUAUGCAUUGCAAAAGUACCGUACUCGUAUUGCAUUCAUGCAUUACAAAUCUUUUUGUUAAGGUAAAUCAGCAUUGCAAAAUUUAUCUCUCAUGCUGAGAAAUGCAUAUAAUAUACGAGUGCGAUACUUUUGCAAUCCAUACCUGCAGAGCCUGGACGAACAGGCACGGCGGGUGCGCUAUGGCGUUCUCGAACGUUGCAUUCUCAACUGUUACAUGAACUUGUGAUGCAAGAAUGGGAAGAAAAGUGAAAGGGGAAGGUUGCACCUGUAGCAUUACAAAUUCCGCGCAGAUCAUCUAGGCGCGGUUUAGCCCUUCGCAAAUUUGUCAUGCGGAGCAGCUUGAUCGUGAGGAUCAUGCUGCUGCUUUUGCAUGGCAAAUCGUCCAUGUAACAAUUGAGAAUGUAACGCUUGAGAACGCCAUAUGCGCACCUACUGUGAUGAGGCCGGGGUGCCGAAAUACGAAAUUCGUGUGAUCCACGGGGGGCGUGGACUCCGUCGCUUGACGGAUAUGUAUUGCAAAAGCGUCGUACUCGUAUAAAUGCAUUACAAAUUUUCUCAGCAUGAAAAAUGAAAUUUGUAAUGCGGGUCUUCCUUUAAGAAAAAGAUUUGUAAUGCAUCAUUGCAAUACGAUACUUUUGCAAUGCAUAACGGCUAGGUCCGAACAAUCCGGGAACGCGCGGCACCGCGGAUGGCUCGGCGAAAAACAGUAUGCAUUGCAAAAGUAUCGUAUUCGUAUAAAUGCAUUACAAAUUCCCUCAGCAUGAGAGAUCAAAUUUGUCAUGCGGAUUUACCUUAGGGAAAAAAUUUGUAAUGCAUGACUGCAAUAAUUACUACGAGUACGAUACUUUUGCACAGAAUAAACAGUUCCGGUUGUUUGACUUGCAGCACAAGAUGGUAUCAACUGUAAAUAUGUCUGGGUCUGGAAGGAUGCGAACUUGUCAUGCUGUUUUUUGACUUUAAAAAGAUUUGUGUUGCACGACCAGCGAGAGGGGUGCGCUUUGUGCUACACGGACAGGGCAUUUCUCAUGCGGAAAGGGCAUCAGGAAGGGUUCUAAAAACCUGUGAUGCUAGGGCAUACAUCACAGACAAUCAUGGGUCAUGAGAAAUAUGCAUGACAAAUCUUGCAUUCUUCCAGACCCAGACAUUUUUGCAGUUGAUAGAUGGCCCCAGUAAACGAUAACAUUUUGUCCGACGUGGCGGACAGCCUCAAGGACCGGGUCCGGAAGUCUCGCUUUGAUUACUUUCUGAACAUGAAGUAUCGCAAGAAAAAACUGUUUCACUGUAAACUUGUGAUGCAGAAAGUGAAACACCAAAGUGUCUCUCUUGCUACACUUGCAAGACAUUGGAUUUCCAAGCGUGUUUUCCCCUGGGGAGCGCGCAUGGCAAAUAUUCUCUGUCAUGUGUAGCAAACUUGUGAUGCAGAUCUUGCAAAAUCAUCACAGUGAAGCAGUUUUUUCCUGUGAUAUGAAGCGCAAGAAUACCGCCGAAGACUACGAAGAGCAGCAGCUGAGCACGCCGAGUUUCCAGCUGCAGAACUUUCCAGGCGAUGAGGACCUCAGCUAUUGUAAGAAAAAAUCCCCCCUGCGGCCCAUAUCAAAAAGGUGCGCCACAGAAAAUUUGUGAUGCUGAUUUGUGACCACAAAUCUUUGUGUCUUGCAACAAGGCAGUUCUACAGUCUCCGCCGCAUUAUGCGGGCGCUUUGUAGUGUUGCCUUGGCUACAGAAAGACAUCUGUGAUGCCGAGCGCCCACGUCAGAAUGUCGGCACUCAGGCACGGCAGCCGCCUGCAGUCCUCUACUGCAAGACAGCUCUGAUUUGUAUACGUAAAAAAUCCAGCAUGAGAAGCUUCGUUUUGCUAUGGGGACGAGGGGAGAUUUUUUCUUUUGGUAUCAGCUUCGCGCGGUUUUCUCCGCAGUCCGAGGCGCUCGCUACGGUGGCCGACCGAAAAAUCCACAUUCGCGGCCUGAACGAGGCCGUGGGUGACGAUAGCGGAACUGAUCUACAAGGGGGAAGUAGUGACGUACAUGCUUUGGGGAACAUAUGGAUUGUAAAAAUGUCUGGGUCUGGAAUGUUGGAACUUGUAAUGCUAGCUUUCCAUACCGAGAAAAUCUGUAUUGCAUAUACCAACAAAAGUCGCAGCCUCUUUUGUCAUGCAAAAACGCAGUUUCUCAUGCGGAUUGCCUAUGAGAAAGCGUUUUGGGAAGUUGUCAUGCCGGACUGCAUUCGGAAGUGUUUUCAUCAUGCACAUUUUAGCAUCACAAGUUUCCAGACCCAGACAUUUUUGCAUUUGAUAGAACAGCCCGAUUGACGAAACCACCGGGUAUCUGCCGUUUUAUCCUGUGCAAAAGUAUCGUACUCGUACUAAUUGCGUUUAUGCAUCACAAAUCUUUUUCUUAAGGUAAAUCCGCAUUACAAAUUUAAUUUGUAAUGCUAAACCAAUUUGUAAUGCAAUUUGUACUAGUACGAUACUUUUGCACAGGAUACAUUUCCCUGCGAACCGACACGGGAGAAAUUUGGGUUAUGACAGUGCGCAACUCGACGUUCCCCUACAUCCCCUCAUUUCUAUAGCAUGGUCGGCAAUACAAGGUUCAGCAAGAAUGCCAGUUUUGCAUGACAAAUUCGCACUGGAGGAGUAUAGUGCAGCUAAGCUAUUUUGGCUAGCAGAACUUGUCAUGCAAAUAGUGCCAAGAGGCACAGACUGGAUUUGGGAUUUUGCAUGACAAAUGAAAAUGAGGGGGACGUAGAGGGAGAGUUGUGCACUCUGAUAUGGGUACUUUCACAGCUACAACCCCUUCACGGUGGCUUCGCAGGGCAAGAAGGCCUACAUCUCGAAUAUGAACUGCAAAAGAAUCGUACUCGUAGUAAUUGCAGUCAUGUGAACCAGUACACGAAGGGCACCCAGUACGCGAAGGGUACCUACAACAUACGAAAGGACCAGAAUACAUACGAAAGAGGAGAGGAGCACCGAAAUCCGCUAUACAAAAAAGCAGUUUUUGUAUGUACUGCCGGACGCAUACAGAUACAGCGGCGUUGUAUGGUCCAAGAAAAGCGAGGAGAAAGCUGGUGGUGAGUGUGGCAGAGCAGCAAAUUGCUACGCAAAGCAGGCCACAAUCCACCGCGCGCGAAAAGAUCGCUCCGCGGAACAACAGAAGAGCGCAAAGGGAGGCUGGCGGAGAGCGCACUGCGCUCAAGGAGCGACACAAGCGGAGAAAAAGGGCGCUAAACCAAAAAAACUAGCGGCGCGCGCGCGGUGAGGACCUAUUGCGGAUCGAUAUUUUGUUAGCAGGCGGCGGGGGCACGCUUGCAGGCGGCGCUUCGAAAACAUACAAGGGCCGAGCUUGUUUCGUGUGCGCGCUUUGGUAGCUAGCAGAGUUCUCUCGCUCCUUAGCAUUCUUGCUGCAGAGUCUACUGAAAGUGGAGAAGCCCGCGGCGUAGCUCUUUUUUCAAUGUUUUUCACUCAGUGGCUGUUUUGUUUUGGCUACGCAGCCACGUAUUGCGGUCGGACAAAACCAGGGCAAUAUAAAACGAGGGCGCAGGGGCAUCGUAGGACCAGUUGCGUACGGGGCCCCCAGUAGUUACUGGGGGCCCCGUACUUGACGGCCGGGCCAGUGCUGGAAGGGUCCGGCGGGACCAGAAGGGGCCACACAAAAUGGCCAUUUUAUAUGCACUGGCGAUUUGUAUUCGGCGUUUGUUCUAGGACAGGAAGGGGCAGGGCCCUUCGUGUACUGGCAUACAAAUAUAUUAUGGGGGUAUCAGUAAUUACUGUUUCACAUGCAUUACAAAUCUUUUUCUUAAGGUAAAUCCGCAUGACAAAUUUUAUUUCUCAUGCUGGGGAAAUUUGUAUAUGCAUUUAUACGAGUGCGAUAAUUUUACAGCGCAUAUCGAAAGGCAACCUGCAAUCCUACCGGUGCCGACUCGCAAAACUUGGUACCGUGUGGAACACCCGUAUUACAAUGAAAAAUGCCACCUCCCCAUAUCAAAACGGAAAUCUGUGAUGCAGAUUUGUGGUCACAAAUCAGGUUUGUGAUGCUAGAAGGGGAAAGAUGCGGACUGUAGUGCUGCUUAGCGUGGGAGAGCGUUGCAGCUCCAGGAUGACAGGAGGCAACUGGAAGUGGGAAACAGCACGACGGAUUAACUGCAAUUUAUGCCGCAGCUUCGUCUCUUGGCCUUCUAGCAAUACAAGUCGAUUUGUGUACUCAAAUACAGCAUCACAAAUUCGCGCAUCUUCCGUUUCCGAUAUGGGGUGAGGGCCUUUUUCACUAUGAUAGCCCGGCUGACGGCCUUUGAGAAAGGAAGACAGGGGAGGCCAUGGGACGCAAAGUUGCAAAUCGAAGAGCAAGGGGUCAAUCCGGAGUACUGGCAAAAAUUUACCGAGGGAAAUUGCUCCAUGAAAAACGGUAUCUUGCGCAAAAGUAUCGUACUCGUAUUGCAAUCAUGCAUAAGUAUAGAUAUCUUUUUCUUAAAGAUAAAGGUAAAUCAGCACUACAAAUUUUGUUAUGGUUUCUCAUGCUGAGCAGGAAAUUUGUAAUGCAUUUAUACGACGAGUGCGAUACUUUUGCAAUGCAUAAACGGCAAGGAGAAUACCGACACUCUUUUGACGAAUGCAGCGAACAAAAAAAUAUCAAAUGCAAAAAUGUCUGGGUCUGGAAGGUGGUAACUUGUGAUGCUGUCUUUGGAUUCCAAAAAAAUCUGUAUUGCAUGACUAGCAAAAAGAGUCCAGUUUGUGCUACACGGGGAGGGCAUUUCUCAUGCGGAAAAAGCAUCAGGAAGCCUUCUAAAAAUCUGGGAUGCUGGGGCAUGCAUUACAGGCGUCAUUGGUCAUGCAAAAUAUGCAUGACAAACCUGGCAAGCUUCCAGACCCAGACAUUUUUGCAUUUGAUAAAAAACCCAGGUGUUCGAUCACGAGUUGCGAACACACACGAAAUAUCAAAUGCAAAAAUGUCUCGGUCUGGAAACUUGUGAUGCUGCGUUGGAUGUAGUGAAUGCUCUGCAAUGCACAGGUAAGCAUGAGAAAUAUCUGCGCUUUUUUGUGUUGCGUUUUUCGCAUGCCAAACUGCGUUUUUGCAUGACAGGCAAAAGGGUCUCUUCUUGGCCACGCAUCACAAACUUUUUGGUCAUGCCAGACAAGCAGGACAAAUCUCGCAAUCUUCCAGACCCAGACAUUUUUGCAUUUGAUACCAAAAACCAAGAGCCGCCACUGCAUGCGGCCAUGCCCUUCCGGUGCUACCCGCUCGCAACCAUGAACCCCGCAGCUUUCGACAAGGAAAGAUUUUUUCUGUGAACAGGGAGGUACUAUAAGUAACAUCUCUCAACAUCAUCCUCUGAGAUUUGGUUUAAUACUCCUCUACUCCGCAAAAAACUUUUGCAGAGGAUGAAGAUGAUGUAUGACGUUGAACAGCAGCAUGUGGAAGAAUGAUUCUACUUCGAACAGUAGACGAGGAUAAGUCCUCGUGCUUGAGUGGUCAACUGCUCUCGCGCCGUUCGUCCUGCGGCUGCGGUUCUGCUGCUGCGAUCCAUGAUCGUCGACCUCCAGGGUUACUUAUUUUUCGC